AUGGGCCUCGCGGUAGCCCAAAAGCUCACCAGCCUCGGGGGCUGGACAAUCCACAUCCUAGACCUGCACCUCGAACGCGGAACCUCCGCCGCCAGUUCCCUAGGCUCGGACGCUCAGUUCCACCAAACGAACGUCACAGACUACGAAAACUUACUCUCCGUCUUCCAAACCAUCUACUCACAAACCUCUCGUCUGGACUUCGUUUUCGCCAACGCCGGCAUUGCAGAACACGCGAACUUCUUCUCGCCGCAGACGGACCCGCCACCACCACCUAAAGGAUUGGAACCGAUUGUUGAUAUUAACUUAAAGAGCGUGGUAACGACAUGUUACCUCGCGCUCCACUACAUGCGUAAAUCCCCGAAAUCCCUAGAUAAGAGUCUCGUCAUCACGGCGUCUUGCGGGGGAUUAUAUCCCUCAUACUACUCCCCCAUCUACACCGCCACCAAACACGCCGUUGUGGGACUCAUGCGAUCAAUCGCACCGUACUUCUUCUCCAAUGCGGGGAUCCGCGUCAACGCGAUCUGUCCUGGUACCGUGCGGACAAAUCUCUUAUCACCGAAAGAGUGGGAGAAUUUCCCCGACAAGUAUUUUACGCCAGUGGAGAAGAUUGCGGAGACGGUGGCGAUGUUGGUGGAGGGGCAGGAUGGGGAGAAAGGGGAGAGUCAGGGGGUGCUGAGGGGGAAGGCGGUGGAGGUGAGUGGAAGAAUGCAUUACUAUAGGGAGCCAGUGGAGUUUUGUGAUGGAGGCAUGAGGGCCGUUAUGGGAGCGACGGAUAUUGAGGUUUUGGAGAAUGCACAGCAAUGGGGGAGUUAG